UUUAAGUGUGAUGACAAGCAAGAAUUCAGUUUAAUAGCUUAAAGCUAGUAAUAGACAUUAGGAACGAUUUUAUAAAUGUCAGCGGGUUAUAAAACAAUGCCGAUAUGUUUGGAUGACGCGCUCUUCAAAAGCCAGCUCGUCUUCAUCUCAGACUUCACACUAACAAGCACAAGUCAAAAUGUUUGAUGACUUCUUCCAUCAGAUUGAAACAGAACUCGGGCCGCUAAACUCGGACUGGUUUGAGGAGUUGACUGUGCGAGCGUCUGAAGAUGAACGUGAUAACUCCACUGUUGAACAUGAUGCCACGGCACAUCAGGACAAAGGCGUUUUCAGAGCUCCAGCUAAGACGCCAGUCCUGGACAGUCAGAUGUGUUCAACACCCAGAAUAUUUAGGCGGAGGCGGCCACAUUCUCCUGCAUCAGGUCCUGAAGAGUCUCCCUAUUCAGGAAUCCGGAACCUGUUUCCUGUUCCUCCAGGUGCAGAAUCGAGCCCAUGCCUGUUUGGCUUGGCUCCAGACAGCCGGCAGUUUGAAAAAGACUGGGGAUCACGAAAGACAAGUGCAUGCUUAGAUCUACUUGACACACCAACAGGUUUAAAAGCACAAGCCACGUCUGCACAGCGCAUCUCUGAGAGCCUUGGAGCUCAGUUAAAUCCUGAUCUCUCCUGGAGCAGCUCCUUUAACACACCAUCAGCACUGACCCCCACAGUUAUUUUGCCCAAAAGAGAAGACCAGGCUUCACCAGUAAGUUUUCUCAGAGACAAAGAAGUCAUUAUUGUACGAAAUCUGUUUCCAUCGCUCUCAAAAGGCACAGAAUCAACAUCCGCAAAUACAUCCAGUGCGCAACACGCUGACGCGCUAACAGAAAGGAACGUCCAGGCCGAAGGACAAAAAUCAGAUUCAUCGUCUGACAGUACCGAAGGUGUUUGGAGGCAGUCGGUACCGGAUGCGAUAAAGGACGGUGAUGUGCGGAACACAGUGAAGAGUGUUCUUAAUGAUGCUGAUGAUGUGCUGUCCUUCUUCUUUACAACCAGUGGCUCCGCCCUGCGAAGGGUUAAAACCAAGGAAAGAAAAAAGAGAGCGAACGGUGUUUCUAAGGACAUCAAGUCACAUCCUUUGCCAGUAGAUCACACUACUGAGUGUACAUCAGCAUCUGCUGCAAGUUUAAGGUCCCCUUUGUUUUCAAGUCAGGUUAUUAUUAAUAAUAAUAAUAAUAAUAAUAAUAAGGAUUUCACACAAUGGACUCCGCUGAGUUUAUCUGAUGUCAAAGAUCCCAAGACAAACCAAGUGUGCAUCUCUGAAAUCUCAAGUAAACUCACUAAUCCUCGUGCAGACUUAUCAGAUGAUCAUAAAAACCACGUCACGCAGCAUGGAUGGUCUUCUUCAUGCACGUCUGAUCAACAGAAGGUCUCUCUCGAUGCGUGUUGUGAUGCAACUCAGGGACGGAGUUCUUUAUUGGAGGCAUCUCCAGCACUUACCUUCUCAAGAAAACCCAGGAAGUUUGUGUAUCGAGUGCAGAAUUCAGAAAGUAAAAGAAUACACAAUGGCACUGACACUGCGGCUGGAAAACACCUCCAGGAAUCUUCUCAGGAUGCGCAGACAGACGCUGGAGAUUUGAUCCAGCUUGCAGAGACUAAGCAGGAUCAUCCUGCAAGUCUUAACAUGGACCAUGACCUUGAUAUGACUCAGCUUUGCAAAGCAUUUGCAGAGGAUUUCACUCAGGAACUGAACGUGUUGAAAUCGCAUUACAAAAGUGCACCGAACAGUCGUGAGCGUGUCUUAACGCCAACGUGCACGACAAUAGAAAUAGGCGAAACAGAAUCCGUGAUGCAGUGUGAAGGUCAUGUUGACCAUCAGGCAGCAGAAGCCAUCAAUUUGACCAAUAUACAAUCUCACGAGGUCACAGUGUGCGACAGUGGCUAUCCUACGGUUCACUCAGGUUCUGGUUUUAGCCUGGAAACGCCAUCGUGUAGUAGCACCGGACAUCUUCAUUCUGGUUUUAAAACAGCAAAUAAUAAGAUUAUUGUAAUACCUCCUGAAGCUUUAAUGAAAGCCAAAGCAGCAUUAGAUGAAUCCUUAGAGGAUGAGACUCUCACAGGCACUUCAAGUGUAACUGAACCAAUAAACCAGUAUAAAUCUUGCAAACCUGUUCUAGCUGGAGAGAGAAUCCCUUCAGAAAGCUCUCAUCACGGAACAGAACCUUCUGAAAGUGUUUUAAGGUCUGAAGCAGCUGCAGAGAACAUUCCUAACACGUUCAUGCGCCAAACAAGUGAAUCUGGCUUCAGAACAGCAUCGAACAAAAGUAUUACUGUCUCCUCUGCGAAUCUCGAGAAAGCUAAAGACAUUUUCGUGGAGUUGGACGAAGAGAAGUUCGAUUCACGUCUGUCAAAUAACGAGUUGCAGGUCCACAAAGGAAAAGAUGCCAAGAUGUUUAAAUUUGACGUGAAAAGCAGUCGGAAACCUUCACAACGUUCCAGUGGUCAUGAUGACGGGAGUUCGUCUUUGACAGCUUCUCAAAGGGCGGAUGUGACCGAGCUGUGCAGUAUGUUCGAAGAGGCGGGCAGUCAGUAUGAGUUUACACAGUUUAAUCACGCCAAGAUCGGCUCAAAAUGUCCAGACAGCAUGCAGUCUGAGAGAGAAUGGGAUCCUGAGAUCCUUGCUGGUAUUGACUUUGAUGAUAGUUUUAACUGUGAUCUAACUGAGAGGCAGAUGUCAAAAAAACUUCAGUCCAAGGCAGAUGUUAACGCUUCAGUCCCAAACAGGCUGACGAAUGGAGAUGUCGCUAUUCAAAGUGUAAAUAUUAGAAAGCCAUGCCAUAUACCGUGUGAAAUGCCAAAUCCGUCCGAUGACGCUCUACAAGAUAAGCCGUUUUGCUCCGGUUUUAAAACCGCAAACGGAAAUGCCGUGACCAUCUCCGAGAAACAUCUGAACAAAGCAAGAAGCCUUUUUGCAGAUAUAGAGGACACCGAAGGAAACUUUGGUCCUGAGAGUGACCGCAAAGCAGAUACUGUUAAACAAACGGAAAAACAGUCACGUGACCACAAGGACAAGUCUUGCAUGGAAUCAGAGCUUGGACUAAAGCCAGGGUUAAACGUGUGUCACGGAAAUGCAAGCGCAAUAACAAAAGGAGCUGACAUGUGUAGCAAAGCAAAUCUUCAAACACUACAAGGAACCAUAGAUCAGAAGCCAGAUUUAGUUCAGAGCAACAUGGUCAAUUUUGGGUUUAGUACUGCUGGAGGGAAGGAAGUAAAUAUUUCUGAAAAAGCUCUUCAAAACGCAAAGAAGCUUCUAAAUGACAAAGAAACCAAGUAUGAAAAUUCCCCUGCAAAAACAAAAGCCGCGUCUCGGGCUUCAGGACGUAAUUCUUCUAACGUGUUGGCAGACGUACUUCACGAUUCAAAGACGUCUGAUGGAUCCGUACCAAAAGGUGGAAAAGUAGAGUAUUUUGAAAACGGCUCUGACAUAAAACAGACGAUGUGUCCGGCUUCGACUUCUCGAUCCGUGGAGACCAACGGGUUUAAAAUGGCUAGCGGCAAAGGAGUGUCUGUUUCAGCAAGCGCAAUUCAGAAAUCAAAAACCAUUUUCGAUGAUCUUGAUGACAGCCCGAGAAGCUCGGAUGAAACGAAUUCAAAAGAAGAGAACACAAAACUAUGUCUUGAAGGCGAUACAGGCCAGCACAUGUUUGUCAACGGUUUCAAGAUGGCAAGCGGUAAAGGAGUGAGCUUUUCUGUAAAAGCGCUUAUGAAAGCUAAGACGGUUUUUAAAAACCGUGAUCCUGAUCGCGCGGACGUUUCUCAAGUAAAAGGAGACGACACAAGUGUGAUGGAUGACUGUGGCUUCGAGGCAGUUGCGGGAAACAUGGUGCAUUUGCCGGGAAUGGACAGUCUGAACAAAGAGGCUUUAAAGAAAGACUCCACAGAUUUGAAUAAAUGUGUCCAAAGGAAAUUCAGUCAAGGCUCCACUGAGACUCUUCAACCACCAUCUGGCUGUGGUUUCAGGACAGCAAGUGGUGCUGCGGUGACUGUUUCAAUCGAAGCUCUUGAGCAAGCGAGAGCUAUCCGAGAUGAUCCGAGUGCCUCUCCGUCUGGUGAAAGGAGAUUGGAAAUAUCAGAAGAGAAUCGUAUUUCCAAAAACGAGACUCUUAUUUCAGCAAAAACCUGUGGCUUUAGCACUGCAAGUGGAAGGAAAGUUGCCAUUUCUGAGAAAGCCCUCCAGAAAGCAAGCAGUCUCUUUACUGACUGUGAUGUGGACGGAUUGGGACCCGAUCCCUGUAAUUUGUCAGCUGUAGAGACUUCAUCAACAAGUCCUGAGCAUGUAGGAUUACCUUUCAGUGCUUCUAGUAGCAAAACUAUCGCUACGUCAAAGAAGGAGCUGAACCAGGGUAAAGAUGUAUUUGUCAGCUGUGGCAACAUUUCACUCGACACACAGAGCACCGAGAGCCACUUAGCCGUGCAAACCAGGCAUCGUGAAAGCUAUAGUACGAAGAACGAUCGCAUGUCGGCUUAUGCUGGAAGAUAUGAGAUCAUUACGAAUGGAGGCUCAAAGGCCGAUGACUUGGGAUCAGGAAACGUUGGUUUUAGCACAGCCAGCGGAAAAAGUGUUUGUGUGUCGAAGUCGGCCCUCGAGGUAGCUUUUGAGAUGUUCAGAGAUUGUGAUGCCCAGGCAGAUACUAACGGACAGUGUAGAACUACCAACGAAGCUCCGUUUACAAAUCUCACCAAACCACCAGUUGCGCCAAAGACCAGAUCCACUCGUCCAUCUCCCCGAUCGCAGUCCACCCAGGAUAAUCCUUCCCUUCUGAGCCGCCAUUCUUUAAAUCUUGACGGAUGCACUGUAACCCAGCAACAAUAUUUUGAGCAAGAAGCAAUGGCUUGCACGAAAGCACUUUUAGAGGAUGAUCUCAAUAAGAAUGGUUUGUUGACUAGCUUGGACACUGGUAUUAGGCAAAGUCCUACUCAGUGUCCGGACAGAUGCUUAGAGGUAAAUGCAGGAAUACGGAAACGGACUUCAGGCGACCAGAGUUUGACAGGUCAACCCCCUUUGAAAAGAAGACUUGUGUCCGAGUUUAACCAGAUCUCCGAAGACAGAGCAGCCUGUGCGCCGGUGAAAAGCAGCCCCUGUGGGACUCUGAGAGACCGAAGAAUCUUCAAAUACAACUUGAAGCCCAAUAUCACUUAUCCAUCCAGGAAUAUUGUGGACCAAACCUCAGCCAACCCAGAUCACCUAAAAAGGAAACCAUCAGACCCCAAGGCUCCAGUGUUUAUACCCCCGUUUCGAAAAAAUCUUCAGCCUGGUACGCCAAAAGACCGUGUUCCCACAGCUGUGGCCCAAGUUUCUGGUGUGUUUGUUCCACCCAUUAAAAAGAAAGAUGCGUCAGGUAGUGUUUAUGUGAAGGAUUCGCCACAAAUUUCUGGUGAGUCCCCAACCAUCGCAAGCUCUGGUUGUGAAAACGGCAGGAAUCACUCAGCCAGGAAACCAGAAGAGCAGAGAGCAGCGACCGAAACCAAGAGAGAGGAGAACUUGGAGAACCACACCACUGUAUCUUGCGAAACGAAAGUUAUUUGGCAGCAGUCCUUGGAGUUAGCACAAGACAUGCAGAACAUGAGAAUCAGAAAAAAGAAGCGUCAGAGAGUUCGACCUCUCCCUGGCACUUUCUACCUGGCCAAGACGUCCGGGGUGAACAGAGUUUCCCUGAAAGACGCUGUAGGAUACAAGUGUCCUGAGCUACACGCAGAACAACAGCUCUAUCAGCAUGGUGUAUCCUUCAAAGUGUCCCAGAUCACCAGCGAGAAUGCCGAGUCGUUCCAGUUCAGCUGUGAUGAGUUUUUCAAAUGUGAGGUUCUCCGAGAGGCUGGAGGAGUUCAGCUGGCUGAUGGCGGGUGGCUGAUUCCAGAUAACAGGGGAAUGCUGGGUAAAGAGGAGUUCUACAGAGCCUUGUGUGAUACCCCUGGUGUCGACCCCAAGCUGAUAAGUGAAGCGUGGGUGUAUAACCACUAUCGGUGGAUCGUAUGGAAACGAGCCUCCAUGGAACGAGCCUUUCCACAGUUCAUGGGUGGUCGGUGUCUUACUCCAGAGCAGGUGCUCCUGCAGCUCAAACUCAGAUAUGAUGUUGAGGUGGACCACAGUCGAAGAUCAGCCCUGAAGAUGAUUACGGAAAGAGACGACACACCCGCCAAGACCAUAGUGCUUUGCAUGUGUGGAAUUGCCAAAUGUGACGAGAGUCCGGUCCGGUCAGAGGAGGCCAUGAACACCGCAGAUACAAAGCCUGAGUCUCCUGCUGCAGUCAUAUGGCUUACUGACGGCUGGUAUUCCAUUCAAGCACUGCUGGACUUUCCUCUGUCUACCAUGCUGCGAAAGGGCCGUCUCAGAGCGGGCGUGAAACUUCUGAUCCACGGCGCAGAAUUGAUCGGCUCUCAGGAUGCCUGUCCUCCUCUAGAGGCUCCUGAUUCACUCAUGCUCAAGAUUUCAGCCAACAGUACAAGACGAGCACGCUGGGACACCAAGCUUGGCUUCUACAAAGACCCGCGACCCUUUCCACUAUUCCUUUCAUCACUGUAUGCUAAUGGAGGAGUGGUGAGCUGUGUGGACAUCAUCGUGCUGCGGAGUUACCCAACACAGUGGAUGGAGAAAAAGCCAGAUUCAGUCUUUGUGUUUCGCAACGAGCGAGCUGAAGACAGAGAGGCAGCGCGCUACAACAGCACCAAACAAAAGACCAUGGAGCUCCUGUUCUCAAAAAUACAAGCCCAGAUUGAGAAAGAGGAAGAAGAAAAGAAGAAAACCAGGAGAAGCAUGACAUUUAGUCUCCGUGAGAUUAAGAACCUGCAGGAAGGAGAGGAGCUUCAUGAAGCAAUAGAGAGUGAUCCAACAUUUGUAGAGGCCCAUUUAAGCACACAGCAGGUGAAAGCUGUGAGUAGCUACAGACGAGCUCUAACCGAAAGGAAGAGGGCGGAGUUACAGGACCGGGUGCACAAGGCUGUACAGGAGGCUGAGGGAGGCUGCGCUAACAGAGACGUGACUCCUGUUUGGAAACUCUCCAUCUCUGACUCUAAUGAGUUGCACAGCAGACGUGUGUACACACUGAAUAUCUGGCGCCCUUCUGUGGAGUUGCGCUCCUUACUGAGAGAGGGCUGCAGAUACAAGGCUUAUCAUCUGGCCACUUCAGAAACCAAGAAACGCUCUGGCACUUCCAACAUCCAGUUCACAGCCACCAAGAAAACACAGUUUCAGAACAUUGAGGUUUGCCCAGAAUGGUUGAGUCUACAUUUUCCUGCGAGAGAGUCAACAAAAUUCAUAGAUCUUCAGAGCCCUGGAUUCAGCUCUCCAUGUGGAGAGGUCGACGUUGUGGGAUAUGUAAUCACCAUCUUGGACAGACAAGGUACGUCUCCUGUGUUGUACUUUGUGGAUGAAAAGUUUGACUUUGUCUCCGUGAGGAUCUACAGCAGCCUGGCUCUUCUCGCUCUGGAGGACCUGGUAAAGCCAUUAGCUCUACUGGCUGUAAGCAACCUGCAGCUCCGCCAGCAGUCUGGCCCAGUCCCCAGCCUUUAUGCUGGAGAACAAGCGCUAUUCUCGACAAGCCCUAAAGAACCCCAUUUACAGGAAGAUCUUUCUCGUCUGAAGACGUUUGUUGAGGAUUAUGAGCAUUUCUUCAUAGUUGCCGAAGAGAAACUCUCAAACCUGAUUCCAACAGGUUUCUUGAACCCUUGCGAGUCCCUGAGAACUCCAGGUUUGCCAUCCGUGCCAAAACCAAACAUCAGGAAUAAUGUAACACCUCAUCAGACAAGCCGAGUUUUUUCCCCUUUCACGCCAGUGACCAAAGGAACCCCUGUACCCGCUGGAAACUCCGACUCCAAGGACCCGAGGAGUGUAAAAAGGAAGCGUGGUAUGGAGUACCUGUCACGCCUCCAAAAACCAGCACCCCUCGUUCCUCUGGGAAUGGUCCGUUCUCCCAGAGUCAGCAAGACGUUUAACCCUCCCAGGAGGUGCGAGACGCCUCGUAAUCUCCAGACAAUGCCAACUCCACCACCAGAAGAGAAGCAGUGGGUGAAGGAUGAAGAACUGGCCAUGAUAAACACACAAACACUGCUAAAGAGGUAGCUGAUGCAGUAUAGAGUAUCCUGAUGUAAGAUUCCCAGUCCAUUUUGUGGACUAAAGAACAAAAAUGUAAAGGAAUGAAGGGAGGAAGAUGAUGUUCUAGUCUAGCGUUGUGACUGUGACGGUUUUGUUUCUAUAUGGUCCAUAUAUUUCUACUAAAUAUUUUGUACUGCUACUGAGAUGACUUGAAAAUUGCACAAGAGAUGGAUGCUCUCCGUAAUCUUAUUCCUGUAUGCCGUUUUUCCAGUUUCUUAAAAACAAAAAAAAAGAUGAAUAAAUUAUUUAUUUUUUUAUGUA